AUCAUCCUCGCUAGGUCAAAGGUGAUGGCGGAGACAGGAACGGGCCUGGAGUGUAUUGUGAAGUUGGGUGGGAGUGCAGUUACUGACAAGAACACACUUGAAACACCUCGGCUGGACGCUAUCAGGGCUGCUGCAGAUAUCAUCUCACAAGUUAGAGGGCGCUACAUCGUCGUCCAUGGAGCUGGGUCUUUCGGGCAUUUCCAGGCGAGGGAACACGGCGUCGUGUGGGGAUACCGUGACAAGGAGACCGCUGCAGAGGUCCAGACUGUGAAACUGGGCUUCUGCAGAACACGACAGUCUGUCACCAAGCUUUUACAUCUAAUAACGGAAGAGUUUGUCGGACGUGGCAUCCCCGCAGUUGGUGUGUCACCGUUGUCGUCAUGGGUUACGGAUGACGCGUCUGUGGUGAAGGCAGACACUGACAACAUCCGGGACAUGCUCCUGGAGGGUUUCGUUCCCGUCAUGCACGGCGAUGCUGUCCUAGAUCGAAGACGAGGCUGCACCAUCCUCAGUGGGGACACCAUCAUCAAGCACCUUUGUGGCGUGUUCCACCCCCCGCGGGUCGUGUUUCUCACCGACGUGGCCGGGAUCUAUGACAGGCCGCCCGAACAGCCAGCAGGUGCUCAACUCAUUCCAGAAAUUCAAGUUGAUCAAGAUGGAAAACUACAUGUUUCCAUAGCAACGUCUUCACAGGCACAUGAUGUCACUGGAGGGAUUGCUUUGAAACUCAAGUCUGCCGUUGACAUUGUGACCGAGAGUAACGGUCGUACCUGCGUCAUGGUCUGUGGUAUCCAAUCAGGGACUGCUGUACGAGCAUGUGUGGAAGGACAACUCCCAAAAGGCACAGGGACAAUUGUUCAGCUGAAUAUGUGCAAACACCCGGAUGAAGUUACGUAGCGCCCUCUAUCUACUGUCAAAAUCGUAAUUUUGAUUCCACUAUUAAAAUAAAUCCGGACGUUCACCUCCUUCUGGCUGUUUGUUUAUGUAUUGUCGUGUUGCAUGGCGGUAAGCAUGCAAGUUGUGUC